AUGGUCCAAAAUAUCCCUGGAUUGGGCGGAAAACAGGCCUUGUCGAGGACUCUGCCAAUACCCACAGGGAGUUCAAGAGCACGACGCCAAACCGGUCGAGGCAUUGGAUCAGUCGUCGGUAUCGAAGAUGUCGGGACUGACAAACCUCCGAUGCCUAUGAGCAUGUUACUCAACGGUGCCAAGAGCCCUCACAGCGGGAAGAAAGAGAACUCGUCGACUAUUCAACACGUUUCACAAGGACUUACUAUUACGGAGAAAAGUAAAGAACGCGUUGUCGGAGUUGGCACAGGAAGUCGCGACCUCAACAGUCGAACUCCAACAAUAUCGAACACGAAAGGACUCAAGGUGACAGCACCUUUCUAA